AUGGAGGGAGCUGCUGCAGCAGCAGCUGUAAAUACACCUCAGCGGCAAGACCAGUCGCCUGCGGCUGCCUGUACACCUCAGCUUGCUGCUGCUGCUGCUGCACCUCCUGCAGCAGCUGCUGCAGCAGCUGCAGCAGCGGCAGCUGCAGCAGCAGCAAACCGUACAUCCCAGAAUGAAGGCGUUCGCGGCGCUGGCGAGCAGCAGCAGGCUGCUGCUGCACAGCAGCACUUACCUCAGUCUGCCGCAGCAACGAACAGCAGCAGCAGCCCUCACUCUGUUGCAGCAACAAGCAGCAGCAGCAGCAGCAGCAGCAGAUCGUCACAAGCAACAAUGGACCAGAGGCCAACUUUAAUGCAAACCCUGCAGAUGCCGCCACAGCCUCCAACGUCGUUUGCUGCUGCUGCUGAUGAGGCAGCAGCUUUAGGAGAUCUCUCCGCCCCUUACUGGAACUACGAAAGCCACCCAGAUCAAUACCCUGGGAAAAAGGGCAGCAUGGUGCCGUUUAGUUUGCGGCUGCUGCUUGCUGUUGCUCCUCACCUUUGGGGGAAGCCUGUGGAUUCGGUAUCUGCGUUGGCGUUGCUGCUGCAGCACUGCAAGCAGCAGCAGCAGCAGCAGCAGCAGCCAGCAGCAGCAGCAGCAGCAGCAGCAGAUGACAACAACCCCACCACCGACCUCCAGCGCCUGUGGAGGGCCAGACGCAUCAAAACUGCUUCCCUCUUAGCCGUAGUCUUGACUGCAGCAAACUACCCUGAGGAGGCGCUGCAUUUGCUGCAGGAGGAAGUGCUGCCAAUAGAUGGAGGAUCUCUUUCGACUUUGUCCCUCAUGGGGCGCAUUUCCCUCAAGAUGGGGUGUACGGACUGCGCAGAGCAGUAUUUCUCUUAUGCAGAUUGCGCGGCAUCCCCAGACAGCUGCAUAAGCAACACGAACCACGGCUUGCUGCUGCUCUUCACCCGCAGACCUGCAGCAGCAGUUGACGCCUUCGAUGCUGCAGCACAAGCAGCAGGGGGCCCCCCAGCCUCCCCCUUAUCUCUGGGGGCCCCCUUGGGGGCCCCCCUGGGGGCCUCUCUGGGGGCCCCCCUGGGGGCCCCCGGGGGCCCUGGGGGGCCCCCCGGGGGGCCCCCAGAGGGUUGGGGCCCCAGUUGUGAAGUGUAUUGGCCUUCAGCUCAUUGCAUUUGCUGCAGCAAUUUGGCAGUGGCGAAGUUUUACAGCAAAAGGCUUGAAGACGCUACUGGGGCCCUUGAGGGGCUGGUGCAGGGGAGCCCUCUGGGCGUGGCUCCUUCGAGCGUGAGGAACCUCAUAACCCUCUACGAAUUUGCUGCUAACAGAGAAGAGUGUCUUUUGCUGCUGCAGCAAACCCUCAAAGCAGCAGCAGAAAUAGACCCGCACAUAAAGCAGGUGCUGCUGGGCAGCUAA